AUAUAUAUAAAUAUAUCACCUACUUUUCUUUCGUUUUAGAGAUGGUGAAACCAUAUGGCAAAGAGUUUCCUUUCAAAGGAAGGACAGAUCGAUUUAUCUUAUGUGUCCGCAUGGUCAAUAUCACGGAGACAUAUUUCAGUAUGUGUAUGCUGUACAUCGGAUGCCAUUUUAGUAAAGAAACAGUGACACGUGUACAGUGUACGUCAUGGUACAGUAUACAUAUUCCAAUAACUAUACAAUUAUAUAUAGUUCAAGACGAAUCAGUUCGCGCAGGGACCUUCGUGAAUUGGCCAUCGCUUGCCGGUGAUGUUAAGACUUUAGUUGAGGCUGGAUUGUCCUGCAAAGACGAUAGACUAUGUACUGUAGAGUGCACCUCCUGUGGACUCUUCUUCAAUUUCUCUUCACUUCAGGGAACUGAUCCGUAUAAAUAUCAUAAACAAGAAUCACCAAAAUGUGAAUUCUUUACGGAGGAAAAACGUCAGGGGAAUCAGGGUACACCCCGUUGGCUUCAUCCAUCUACAAUGGUUAAAAAAGGAACAACAGACCAGGCAAGACUAAAAGAAAAAGCAAACGUAUCUGAACCGGAAAAUACAAAAACUGAUGCAUCUAAAACAAAGACAAAGAAUCCAAUAUCUUCUCCCUAUUCAGAAAGAUUGAAAACUUUUGAGAGCCCUCAAUGGCAUCGGAAAAAAAUACAACAGGCCCCAAAAGUACUUGCAGAGGCUGGUUUCUGUUACACAGGAUCGGAAGAUAGCGUAAAAUGUUUCUGUUGUGGCAUCGAGCUUGCAGAAUGGAAUCCCGAUGAGGACCCCUGGGUAGAGCACGCCCGUCAUAGUCCUGAAUGUCAAUACCUUAGAGACCAGAAAGGUCAAGAUUACAUCAACAACAUUAAGGCACAAUGGGCAGAGAUUUACACGCCAAAACAUCCCGCCUAUACACAAGUCGAUAAAAGAUGUAGGACAUUUCAACACAAGAAUUGGCCCACAAAUAUUAUGAUCCAGUCUUCUAAUCAACUUGCAGCGGCUGGUUUCUUUUAUGCAG